AUGUUUGUCAUGUUCUCCGGUCUCAGCAGCUUCAUCUUCUCUUCUGGUCACUGGUGUGGUUGUGGGAUUGAGUGUUUGCUUGUUGUUCUUCCUCUCACUGCUGCUGCUGUGGAGAUACAAGAAGAACAAAGGUGUGGAGCAAUUCAUGACAUGAUUAAUACAACUGAACAGCAACAAAUGAAAGAUACAGUUGACGUGACUACAGUGAAAAAUAGAGAUAAAGAUGAUCCAGAGCCCUUGGCAGAUGUCACAUAUUCAGAGGUCACUGUUAAGAAAAAGAUGGACAAAGAAGAUACCAUUGCAGAGACAAAUAAUGUGAUAUACUCAGAAGUCGGAAAAAGAGUAAAGAAAUGCAAAAGCAAAGAUAUUAAUAUCGCAGGACCCAGUGAUUUGACUUACGCACAGAUCAAUAUACAGGACAAAAAGAACACCAAAGGCAAAGGUGCUGGACUUUCCGAUGUUCUGAUUGAAAUGAAAUCUAAGAACAAACACAGAGGGAAGAGCAGUGAGUCUGGAGACACUCUGUACUCUGAACUGAACCACAACAGAGAUAGAGAUGCUGAUACUGGAGUUGGUGAUGCAACUUAUGCUCAACCUAUUAGGAAGAAGAAUAAAACACGUCCCUGAGUGCAGAGAAGACAACAGACGGCUAAAAGAGAUUCACACCAGCAGACACAGUAACGCU